AUGGCAGGUGUGGCAUCACUCUGGUAUUUCCUCGGAAUCAAAGGAGCCGAAGGGGAAGGCUGGAAACAAGUAUGCUUCAUGUUGAUUGUUUGUCUGUCAAUCCCUUUCUUAACCGGAUUAGUUUACAUGACUAGUAUUUGGAAUAUCGCAACGGUAAUUGCAAUACUAGAAGAAGAUUACGGUAAGAAAGCGCUGCUAAAGAGUAUGAAAUUGAUCAGAGCAAGUUUUAAUGGACCUGAAGGGGAAGGGAGGUAUAAACUAUUGGCGUUUGUGAUUUCUCUAUCAGUCCCUUUCUUCAUUGGAUUGAUGUACAUAACAAGUGUUUGGAAUAUCGCUAUGGUAAUUUCGGUAUUGGAAAAAAGUCACGGUACAAAGGCGAUGGUGAAGAGUAUAAAGUUGAUUAAAGGUAAAAUAUGGGUUUCUUGUGCUGUCUUUCUUGCUCUUGAGAUCAUUUUUGCUGGUAUAACUUUCACAUACUCUUUACUUGUGGUUGCCGGAGACAUAUUGGAUUUGGUUGGUGAAGUCUUUGUGGGAAUUGUUUGUUAUAUGUUAGCGACUGUUUUGAUACAUUUUUCUCUUGUAAUCCAAACGGUUGUCUAUUUUGUCUGCAAAGCAUACCACAACGAAGACAUAUCAAACGUCGCCGCACAUUUAGAUGUUGCAUAUGUUAAUUUGGUCAGGGGAAAUGACGACCAUUAG